AUGGCUGGUCUUCCUCUGGAUAAGUCACUUCAAGGUCCGGCUCGCGAGAAGCUCAGUAGCAGCGCCGAGCCAGCUCUAGCUAAAGCUGAGGGUGGAGAGGAUAGCCAGAAGGUGACCAAGGGUUCGGGCGAUGAAGAAAAGCCAAAGGAUAUCGCAAAAGCCUCCGACACGAAGGAUGGAGCGGCAGUCAAAGACACGAGCCGAAUUGGAUUCAAACAUGAUCCCAAAGAGGAAGAAGUUCUUGCAGGAGUGGAAUUAGAUGUUAGGGUUCCAAAGAAAAGAAAGAACCCGCGACGCUCCAAGGCCCAGAGGGGAGUGAAAGCACCUACGGGCUUCGAACCUUUCUUUGCAGAUGCGCCGAUGACCCCUAAGGAAUUUGAGGAUAACAAGAGAGUCUAUGAUCCUCGGCUUAGUGAAGCCAUCAUGCGCUUUUUGUACAAGCGCCUUCUUAGUCCUUACAGACGCAAAGUGUUCCUCAAGUUCCUUCAGUAUGGUCGUAUCACCGUUGGUCCAAGACAUAGCCAGGGAGUGACACCUUCCGAGCUAAAGGAUAUGACCAAAGAUGAGGCGAUGGAAGCUCGCAGCAUGACGGCUAUCUUCCCCGAAAACUUGAAAGGAUGCACCGUCGCUUUCAAUCAUGUUACCGCUGGCUACCUGAGCGCUUACUUCAUGGGCCAUUACAAUCCUGAUACCGAGGAGGAAAUCAGGGAGUGCACGGACACUAUCAAGAAUUAUUUUUCGUAUCUGCUCUACCACAAUGUUUGCCCCGAGUACAAGGAUGAUCUUGAGGAAGGCAGAAAGACCUGCGACCUGGCUGCUAAGGAACUGUGGAUGAACCAGCAGCUGGUUCACCAUGAUGGUCCGGGAAGCUUCAACCGUGGGUGCUCAAUGUUGUUCGGUGGUCACUACUUCGAGUCCGUGGGUGAUUCCGAUACAUGGAAAGCAGUUCGGCAUGUUGCGGACGAGGAAAUCUUUACCAUUGAGAUCGCCCGCAAAGUCGUCAAAUAUGCCAUUGCAAUUGCUGGAAAUGAUCGGACUGCUCAAAAGUUCAAGAUCCUCGCCGACAAGGACGGAAUCACAGCCAAAGAAAUUGAAGACAUCGAUGGUUUUGAAGUCAUCUCUAUCGAGCAGCCAACUAUCGAGACCAUUGCAUUCUACAGCGAGCUCAGCCCCGAUCUCGUUCCUGUGGGUAGGGUCAUUGCCAAAGAGUUCCGCGAUCCUGCCCGUGGCCCAAUCGAUCUCACCCCCUGGGAGAAGGUUGACUGGGAUGCUGGUUUUGCGCCAACCUACCAGUUUGAAUUUCUCGUCGAGGCGCCCUUGCUCGUCCAUCUCCUUCCCGGAAUGAAAAUUGUCACGACCGUCUUCGAGACUAAUGUCGGCCAGCACUUCUUUGAUGAAAUCCUGGCUGCUCUGCCGACUUUCUACACGUUCCUUUACAAUGACUGGUUGAUGGACUAUAAGGAGCCAAUGCCUGUUGAUUUCAUCCCUGAUGAGGAGGAGAUCAGCCGCCGCCGUGCCCAGGCAUCGAUCUUGCGCCCCAUUGAGCCCACUCCGGCUGAAUGGACUUUGCACAUGCUAGUCCGAGAGAUAAACUUCGGAAAAUCCCCCGGUGAGAGUGAUAUGGAAGUCGGCAGGCAGUUUUUCAAGUGUCUUGAGGACGUCGGUUGGGACCUGCAAGAAGUCAAAGAGCUGGUUGGCCUGGAGGAGCCACAGAAAGGGAAGGAAGGAUCGACCAAGGAGGAAAAGGGAAAGAAGACCGUUCAUGAUGAGCAAGGUGUUGAGCAGCUCGCUGGAGAAACCAAGACGGUUUCUCUGGACUUCUUCAUCGAGCAAGAUCCGGACAAGCCGCUCUCUAUGCCUGAGCUAAUCAAGGCUUUCCGCAAAAAGAAUCUGGAGCUGCUGGUUAAGAAGGGCUUGCCGCCUCCCAGCCAAAAGUUCGCCGAGGGAACCGAGAAGGAGCAACUUGAUCGACUCAUCAAGAGUUUCCAUAACCCGGAAAAGAUCAAGGUGACUAUCUCGCCGGAGUUCAAGGAGUCCUUCCGCAGGCACCAACUGAAAAUGGAACUCAAAGAACUGGAGCCCCUGAAACAGCAAUUCAAAGAUCUGGAACUCAGGGAGCAAAAGAUCAAAGAACAGCUCGGUUUGGGAAGUUCUAGCCAAGGCGCGGAAAUUCCGGGUGCGCAGGGUGUCCCAAAGGACCAGGAGCGCGAGGAAUAG